AUGGACGAGCUUUCGAGAAGAUGUCAAGAUAACAGUCAAUAUAUAAGAAACCCAACAAUCUUUGAAUGCAUUUCAAUGUCUGCCACCCACACCUUCAGUCUCAAAGCGCCUGCUAAGACUUCUGAAGAGGAAAACACGGCCUUCAAGCAGUUCAGAGACUCCAUGGCACAUCAACAAGGUGUCUUUAUCCUUCUUCUAUGCCAAUACUGCAAAAUAGAGUUGGGUCAACCUUCCAAGAAGUCGGUAUUAACAAAGCCUUCGUUCAACGUUGUCAGAGUCGACUUUGGGAAUGAUGAAAUAGACGUCUCGCAUUGCGUCAAGGAGAGAUGCUUAUCAAUACUUAUGCAAGACAAAAUACACGGGAUUAAAGAAACCACUGCUAAAAGAAGGAGAACAGCCAACAGAAUGACAGAGACACACCACCUUCUGAUGGAUUUACUCAUGGAAAAGGGUUAUUUUUGUGAAAUUACGCAAACAACUGGGAAGAACGGGACAAGAAAGACCGACCUUGUCAGAAGGAUCUUCUACAAUGGCGGCUUCCUCUUCUCAAAAAAACAAAUCAACACCAUCGGCGACGAGGCAAACCUCUUUCUGUCAAGCCUUUUCGACGGGACGCCGGGGAAGACUGUCACUAUUGAGCACAACGACCCAAGGUUCCUUGGGAUCCUCAAUUGUGAACAUUCGAAAAAACACACAAACAGCGCAUCGAAAAGGAUGAAACUGUAA